GCCUCGGUCAUCUGAGUUUACCUAACUUAUAACAACGAAUAAGUCUUCAUUCAAAUAACUCCAAUAUAAUUACCUACUCUUCCUUGUUAAAUUCCUUAUUUUUAUUAAUCUAUCUAUGUUAUUCCUAUCAUGGCAGUCCGACGUGAACGGAUUGUAGAUGAUUUACUACCCGCCGUACAGCUUGCAUUCCGGCAUUCCCGGAGCAACAUCAUACAAUCAUGGCUUUACGUACCCUUUGGCAUAAUAUUGAUGCUGCUGGCCUGCUUUGGUGUUAACAAGCUAUUCGGCCUUGGGUCCGUGCCUUUCCCCUCGUCGGUAGCUUGUCUCAUUAUCCUUUUUGCCGCGCUGCUGCUGUCCGAGCAGCUUCUCGGUGAGCAUCGGACAAAGCGCAUCGUUGCUAUCAUCGAGGUUCCGGGCGGCUGGGCGCUACGAUGGAUAAACGUCUUAUUCACGCCUUCGUUCGUCUUAUUACCCCUGAGCCCGUCAAUAGGGGGAAUCGAGGUCCUUAAGAUAAUCGCAAUCUUUGUUAUCGGGUUCCUCGUGAUGAUGGCUCUCGCUGCCUAUAUGACCCGGGCCUUACAGCUUAUGCUCGGGUCCUCAAAGCGAGCUAUGACGGAGCGAGCAGAGGAGCUAAGCCCCGAUAGCGAAGAAAUACCCAUGGCAACGACCCCGGCUCACGGAGGUCAUUCGACCCCUCGGUCUGACGAGGUGGACUUACAACGUCCCCUUCCAUCUCGGGACGCCACCCAGGGGCAUCAGGCGGACGACUCGCAGUCAAGCCGCACCCUCGUAGAUAGCGACACCGACCGUCCCGACCUACCACCACAAGCCCCCGUACCUCCAUCUAGAUCAGACCGUUGGGCGGCAAUUAUUACCACCAGGCUAGAUCUUCUAAUCUGGAGCGUAAUUUUCCUAUUCGUGGGACUCCCGGUCUAUUACGCCGCUGGGUACGCGAUGCCGAUGCACCUAAGCUUCAACAUCCUAACGUAUUUCAUCGCCAUGUCCCUCCCGGAGAAUUGGAGACGGUACCUCCACCCGGUGUUAGUCUCGUCUCUGCUCACGGUCUUAGGCCUCUGGGCCCUUGGCCUUAUCAAGGGCGAUAGUCUCCCGUCCACCCUUGCUGCGUAUAAGACGGGUAUCGGAUAUACGGAGCUCUGGAGCGGGAGUCAUGGCCUCCCCGGGGCCGGUAAUCUGUUUGCUAGCGUGCUGGACGCCAGUAUCAUAUCGUUUGCGCUGCCUGUAUACCGAUACCGGCGUGAGCUGAAGCAGCACUUCGCCUCGAUUAUAAUUCCCAACGUUGCUAUCUCCAUCGGCUCGCUGUUCGCGUAUCCGUAUAUCUGCUACGCUGUAGGCAUCAGUGCUCGGCGUAGUCUUGCCUUUGCGGCCCGUAGCCUCACGUUGGCGCUCGCCGUACCGGCAACGGCUAACUUGGGAGGUGAUUUGAACACCGUAGCGGCAUUGGCUAUUAUGAGCGGGAUCGUCGGAGUGCUGGUUGGUGAGCGUAUGUUGGCGUUGCUUAAGAUACCUCAAGACGACUACGUUACUCGCGGCGUAACGAUGGGCGCCAAUUCGUCUGCCAUUGCAGCAGCGCUGCUCCUGCGUACCGAUCCGCGAGCUGCCGCGCUGUCAAUUCUUGCCAUGAGCCUAUUUGGCACUAUCACCGUUCUCUUUACGUCCAUACCACCGAUAACAGUUGCAAUCCAGUCACUAGUACAACUAUAAUCCCCGACACGAAGUUAGUAGCUGCUCCUGAUGAAGCGUGGGCGAAUUUCGUCGGUUUAAAUUGAUUCACUAACCUAGGUAAUCAUCACAUACACAUACGCAAUCAUACAGGGGGCACUCGAAAACGGAUGGAAGCUUACUAUAUAACAGACAUGAAUUCAUUUAUCUAAGUUAUUACUCCGUAAGUACCCGAAAAUCUUACUCAGUUAACGGCACAGGAGGUUGGCUUCAUAAUAAUAAUAAUCCUUAUAUCUGGCAAGCCGACUCACAUGCAGCUCAUUCUUUCUAUAAUUUUAAAAUUUAUCAAUUUUUAUGGCCUUAAAUAUUAUAUUAGGCUUAAGAAAUCCUAUC